UAAAGUUCACCUCUUUAAAGUGGACCAUUGAUUGGUUUUUAGUGAUUCACAGAGUUGUGUGCCUGUUACCAGUUAAUUUCAGUACAUUUUUAUCACCCAAGAAAGAAAUCCUAUAACCAUUAACAGUCGUUUCCUACCUUGAAAAUCACAGUCCCCAGAAAUCACUGAUCCACUUCCUGUCUCUGCAUUCACCUGUGCUGGACAGAUGCUCUCAGUAGAAUUGAGCACCCCCAGCCUGCCCACGAGACCCUCGGGCCUGCAUGCUCGUGGGAAAGUGUAUUGGACAGAUCUGACUUGACUUGGCAGAGGUCAGCAGCCUCAGUCCCCAGCAGUCCCCAUGCACAGUUUUCUCUUGAAUUCCUCAAAAGAUGUGAUUGUUUCUGUGGUUCCAAGGGCAACUGUCUUCUGGUAGAUGGCUUCUUAUUUGCUCCUCGUGGUGGUGUCUGGGAGUUCUUCCUCCUGCUGGCUCAGAUCUUCAGGCCCAGGUCCUGGGAGGACAUGCAGAUGCAGGCGAACUAUGGCCUGCCCGUGUCUGUUAGCUUGGCCAUUGUUGGCCAGCAGGUACCAUGAAGUGGUUUCACCCAGACAUCCUGGAUUCUGGCCCCUCUGUGCCUAGGAGUUAAGGGGUUGAGGAAAGUUGGCUAGGACCAGAGCCUCCUCUUGUCCUUCAUGCCCUGCCAUCCCCACUCCUAGCCAACCUCUGAUGACUCCCACCUUGUACUCUAAAUCUGCAGAGCUGUCCACCUCCAGACGGAUGUGGGCUGCCUGUGCCUACUGUCUUUCUAAAUGCCUUUUGUUUCAGGUUUUUAGUUGUUUUAAUGAUAGAAAUCCCAACACCUAUCCUCCCAUCUUAUUGGGAACUAAAGCCCUGUAAUGCUUCUCCCCAUCCCCCUGUACUGGGGAUUAAAAAGUAAAUACUGGGCAAGCACUUUACCUCUGAGCUGUAUCCCAGAACUUUUUAUGUGUUAUUUUGAGACAAGGAAUAUUACCAGUUUGCUGAGUCUCUCUUAAGUUGCCGGGGCUGAGGACACUGGUGUGCACUCCAGUGCCUGGCUCAUACAUAAUACAUGUUGUUAAAUGUGAAACAGGCCUGGCAGUUCAAAUCUGAUGCCAUGAGACUGACAUCGUGUAUAUGAUACGCACAGUGGGAAUGAAUGAUGUGUUCAGGCUUUUUUAUAUCUAGGUUUAUAAUUGAGGUUGUCCAAUAAUUUUUAAUAAGUACAAAACUGGAGUUCAGCUGAUGUUUAACAAGCAGACUGCGUAUAAACUGGAGUUCAGCUGAUGUUUAACAAGCAGACUGCGUGUAAAUAACUGCAUGAGACCUGGGUGUGGUGGGCCUGUGGUUGUGCCCUGAGACCUUGGCUUUGUUGUUGUUUGUUGAGGUCCCUACAGCUGUGUUCUUACCAUGUGGGCAUCUGUCUCACCGCUGUCCUCUGCAGGUCCUUGGAUCCUGUCACUGGCUGACUCCCUGGGGACCCUGGCACCACUGUGUGUCCUCUGCUAGAGGCAGUCAACCUUUCCUUGGGCCCCUCACCCCUGGCAUCUUUGAGCCCUUGGCUCCACACAGUCAUAUUUCCAGUGCAGGUUUGGGAAGAUGCUGCCUCUGGAGAAGGUGUUGGCCUCCCCCAGAAGCUCCCCAACUCCCCCAGAGGUGCCCACCGAAGGGUCUGCAGACACAGAAGGGUCUGCAGACACGAGUCAGCAAGAGGACCCCGAGUCUGAGACCAUCCCUGAGAGGACCCCUGCGGACCUCGAGUUCUCUCGCCUGCGGUUCCGGGAGUUUGUCUACCAGGAGGCGGCUGGUCCCCACCAGACCCUGGCCAGGCUGCACGAGCUGUGUCGCCAGUGGCUGCGCCCUGAGGCCUGCUCCAAGGAGCAGAUACUCGAGAUGCUGGUGCUGGAGCAGUUCCUGGGCAUCCUGCCUGACAGGGUCCGCCCCUGGGUGGUAGCCCAGUACCCCGAGAGCUGUAAGAAGGCAGCCUCUCUGGUGGAGGGCCUCACGGACGUCCUGGAGGAGCCAGGGAUGCUGUUGUGUUCCCCAGCUGGAUCAUCUUCUGGGUUGAGUGAGGGAGUGUAUGAGAGGCACCCUGACCCCCUGCUGUUACCAGGAGGACUAGGGAGCCCCAGAGACCCUGAGGAUAUCCCAGUGCCACCUGAUACUCCGCUGCCCUGCCUUCUCCCAGCCUGGCCUGCGCUGGAACCCAUGCUCCUGGAUCAGGGGAGCAACGGGGGAGAGAAGACCGACGAGGCCAAAGCGCAGCCGACGGGCAUGAACUCUCCCACAGCAAGGAUUAGGACCCUGAAUGCCCACUGCCAAGGCCAGGAAGCCUGCUUUGGUGGAGACCUGAGGCCGUCCUUUCCGGAGGAACCUCUGCACUCUGAGGAGUGGGCCCACCUGGAUCCUGCAGAGGAGAACAUGAAGAGCUACAGGAAGCUGCUCCUGUGGGGGUACCAGUUUGCCCAGCCUGAUGCUGCAUCUAGUCUGGAGGCAGAGGAGCAGCCCCUUGUGGAAGGAGAGGCACCUGGAGGCAGCCUCCCAGGCAGCGGGAAGCAGGAAGAAAGCACAGAGAACAUGUGCGAGGAGGGCUCCGCAGGCCAGGACAGUGGCUCACAGGAAACGCCAUCAGAGAGGCUGGCAGGGGACGCAGGGGACACUCCUGCAGACCCCCCAAUGGAUACCAACCAGGAGGAGGAGCAGCCCGAGAAGGCGCCAGACACUGUGGGUGAGGAUUCAGGCUGCGUCAGCCCCUCCCAGAAGCAAAGAGUCCCCUGCCCUUCAGAAGAAGACCAGGGCCAGGCGAGUCCAGACAGCCCACAGCAAGGCUCUGGGACCAAGCGGCCCCACCCAGAGGAUGAGGGUGAGCAGGGACCCGAGUGUGCCUCCAGCCAGAGCAGCCAGCAGCCUGGGGACGCCAUGCAGCCUGAGGCAGAUGGCCGUGCUGCCACGCCCCUAGCUGGGCAGGACGCAGGCACCUCGGCCUCAGGCAGUCCUGAGGCCGAGGAGCCUGGAGUGUCGGGAGGGAAGCCCUACCCCUGCAGUGAGUGUGGGGAGGCCUUUGCGUGGAUCUCGCACCUCAUGGAGCAUCACAGGAGCCACGGCAGCAAGAAGCUGUGCGCCUGCCAGGGCUGCUAGACAGGCCCUGCCGGCCAGCACUGGAAUCCCCAGGAGCCAUUCUGCACCUGGCCCCGCCCUGCCACAGUGAGUUCACUCUGGGGGGAGGGUGGGCCUGAGGCCUGGAGACAAGCCACCAGGCCAAUGUCCCUUGAGGUGACAGUGACUCGCUGGGAAUCUCAGAAUGUAUGGGGGCUCCUUCCAGACACUUGGGGGUGGUCUUCCUGUGGUCUUUGGACAAACAUCAGCUUGCUUCCCAAAUGGGCUGAUGUGGCCAGAGCACCCACGGAAAACCCCACCUCAUCCACCACGGGAAACCCUGACCCCACUGUCCUGCAGCCACGUCUAUACCUCCGUGUGCCGGCCGUGGCCAUUGUGCAGUUCGAGUCCCCGGUGUGCGUGUUCUGUGGGCAGUCUUGGAGUCUUCACUUCCACGGCUCCUGUUUGAGCUCCCCAAGUUUGUUCAGGCAGAAUUCUUGCCAGAUGUUCUGGCCUUUCGUAAAUAUGUGACGUCAAGUUCACUUUUGAAUCCUGAAAAGCUGAAACUAUUUCCUUGUUCCACUCAUGCGUCUUUACCUAUACGGAGUGGCUGACGAAGAUCACCGAAAUGCUUGGAGCCUAGUAUGCAGUUUUCUGACUAUGGGUUCCAGCCCAUCAGUGAAUUGUGAAAUCAAACUAGUGGGUGGCCAACGGCAUUACCAAGCAAUGAAGUAGAAUAAAGUAGGUCAGAAUGCAUCACGUAGUGAAGGCAGUAUCAUUUUGUGGAGUUCCAGCUGUGUAUCUAAAUGUGAGAACUGGCUUCUAUGUAGGAUGUCUCUUACCAGGGGGUGAUUGCAGUAGGUUGGAAACACUAACAAAGGUUGAGGAAGCUUCUGUCUGCCUGAGCAAAGGGAACUUAACUCCUUGGGCUCCGUGAGGUGUCUUGAUUUUGCAUUUAAUCUCAGAUUAUAGUAUUGUUUCUGUUGCCUGAGCAUAAAUUUAAUUGCUCCUGUAGAUAAACGGUGCCUCUUUCUGUCACUGUGUUUGAGCCAGCAAUUGUGUAACAACCCCCGAGUCACAGGCUUGACGUAAUAAAGUAUUUAUUUCUUCACUCACAUUA